CCAACAACAGGCUAAACCAAGGUUAAUGGAAAAUCAUGCAAAACAGCUGUGAGGCACCAUCAGCGCUCUGGAACAUGGAAGAAACUUCUGAUUAUGAUGAUGAUGAUGAGCUAUAAUAUGAUGUUGCUGGUUUAUAUUGUCUUCUGUCUAAGUUGGAUUUUUAUAUUGAUUUGAAUUUAGAUCAGUGAGAUCCGCAGUUGUACAGAACUGACCCCGGUUUAACUGAGGUCAUGGUGCUGCUGGGACUCCCAACGGGAGAAAGACACACAAACACAGAGGUAAGAAGGGGGCGGAAGGGGGAGCUGAGGGAGACUGAGAGAUGGGUACUUAAGCAUCCGUGGUGCAAUAUGUAAGAGUGCGUGAAGCUGCUCGGGUGUGGAUGUGCGUGGAGCGGGAUGAGCCCUCCUCUCGGAUCCUUCCUCUGAAGCGCUGACAGCAGGCGGACGCACGUCCACAGUCCGCGGCUCCGCGGCAGCCUCGGGGUUGUCUCCUCUCCUCGGAUCGCCCCCUGGUGCCGACCCGAGCCGGCCGGUCCAGCCCGCACCGUUUGGAUCCCACACGGCUGCGGUCGCGUUUCACUUUCUCCGCUCGCACGGACGCGUAUUAUCUCUGCCCCGUCUCUCGCUCGGAUCUUUGUGUGUGGACGGCACGGCUGCGCGACGCUCCGAUGCUCUACGGUGUGACUGUUGUCGUUCCGUGAGAGGGGCGUUACUGGAGCGAAGGUAGACACACAAAGGCGGCUGCACGACGCCCGCGAUGAGAGAGGAUGCAGCGUUUCCCGUGCGAAGUGAAACUGCCUUAACGCGUGAUGGGAAGUGAACUGAGCGAAACAACAAGAAGGGAAAGAGGCGCUGCUGCACAGAGUACAACGGGAGGCAGCUUUGUUUGCUCCAACCCAACUAUCACAUCGGUUAUCAUCAUGUGUGUCAUCAAUUAGGUGGAGCAUAAUUGAUUUUUCAGGUAAAACACGGCGUUAGAUAAAUAUAACGCCGAGGACAAUAAAUACAAUUGAACAACGAGUUAAGCUAUUUUGUAUCGUCUGGUGGAAAAACCGCCGAUUAUCCUCGUUCGUAAUAUUUAUUCCUGUUGCAUAAGCAGAAGACGUGCUGAGAGAGAACGCCGAGCGCCAUCUCCAGUGGUUAUGCAUUAUUUAUAAAGUUACUGUAGCUCAGUGCUUCGCCUCCCACCCAGCACAACUGUCAAGACUCCCCCUCUCUGGGCCCGAUCUCCCCUCACACACAGGCAGCCCGUCCAGUGGAGCCUCACACACCAUCACGCACUGUAUCUAACGCUGGCGCCGAACCUCGCCACCUUUUAUUGAGUCCUGAGUUAGGAGUGGAAGGAAGUACCGUGACCUUUCCAAGGGGACAAUUAUACGAAAUGUCACGUAGAAACUGCAACUGGAAACAAAUGAAAUCUGCUGCUCCAUCCUCUCAUUGUGUCCGUGUGAGAUGUGAACAGCUUGGUGCCGCACGUAUUAAAGCAUCGCUGAAUUGACAUCAUUAUCCUCUCUGGGCACAUUAAGUUGGUGGUGUAGAUUAGGUUACGCUGCUGUUACGUAACGGUAACUCUGUGGCCACACGGACCCUGUGGACGCUCAGCCCUCUGUUGCUGUGUAACUUUGGUCCUCCGCGUCUCCCUGUUCACUCCGCUCCCCCUUUUGUGUUUCCUCCUCAGCAGCGGCAGCGCGUGUGAUGAGCGACGCAGCCAUAGCAGCGGUGUCCCUCCGCCGUGAGCGCAACCUGCUGCUGCUGCUGUUCACCAGAGGGCAACAGGAAGCAGAUUACUGAGGGAUUAAAUGCAUGCACACAUAUGCACAAGCACGGAGGGCUCGAACAGGUCCGGCGUUGGGACGCAUCCCACGGCGGAGCUCGCGCUCACUGAACUUGUGUGACUGCCCGAAAGCUGCUCUGUGGUAUCAUGGAAAAAGAGGAGGAGCCGAGAGGAUGCCGUUGAAUUUAAAACGCACCACCUCUCCUUCUGCCUGAUUAACAGCGGUUUUAAUGGUGGGUGUUUGACACAGGCUUGACGAAGGAGAGACGGGCACGGAGGCCGCCGUCAGCCUGUUGCUGUCCCGCGAUACAUCUGCACGCGUGUGAGCAGGAGCCGCGGCACAGAGGGCUGUUUCUAUGGCUACCCCUGCCCUGAGCAGUAUUAAUAAGACUCACUCAUAUUCUGACUAUCUGCGUGUGAAGGAGAUACAGUGGGAGAUUAGGAGCGCUCCCCUGCAGCACGCUGUGGCCCCAAAUCACAUCUGCUGAAGCACGUUUGCUACUUCAUCAUGCACUGUAGAUGCUUCACCUACACAUGUAAACAUGUAGCUGAGUUCUUCUGAUUGAACACGUUUGGUUAUAAUGUUUAAACAAUCCGUGCUUUUGAACAUGAACGAUGCUAACGCAGCUGACUAGCUUUGCAAUUGUAGGGAUCUGUUAAAAGUUAGAACCACCUGAACGGAGCCAUCAUGGCCGCUCAGGACACGCUGCUCUUCUUCCACGGCUUUGACCUCAGCGGACACUUUGUCGACCUCCGACCCCUCGGCACCGGCGUCACGGGCCUGGUGCUGUCCGCCGUGGACCAGCGCACGGGGCGGCGCGUGGCCAUUAAAAAGCUGGUGAUGCGCGACGCCGUGACGGUGAAGCACGCCCUGCGAGAGGUCAAAAUCACCCGGCGUCUGCACCACGAGAACGUGGUCUGCGUUCACGAGGUCCUGGCGCCGCACGGACGCCCGCUGCCCCAGGACCCGGCCCAGCUCAGCGCGCUCUACAUCUUCCAGGAGUGCAUGGAGACGGACUUGGCUCGGCUGCUGGAGCAAGGGCCGUUACCCACAGAUCACGCCACUCUGCUGUUCUACCAGCUGCUGAGGGGACUAAAGUUCAUCCACUCGGCCAACGUCCUGCACAGAGACCUGAAGCCCGCCAACAUUUUCAUCAACACGGACCAACUGCUGCUCAAGAUCGGAGACUUCGGGCUGGCCAGGAUAGUCGACCCUCACUAUUCUCACAAGGGCUAUCUGUCUGAGGGCUUGGUAACUAAAUGGUAUCGUUCCCCCCGCCUGCUCCUGUCCCCCAACAACUAUACCAAGGCCAUAGACAUGUGGGCCGCGGGCUGCAUCCUGGCUGAGAUGCUGAGUGGACGCAUGCUGUUCGCAGGAGCUCAUGAGCUAGAGCAGAUGCAGCUGAUUCUUGACACAGUGCCGGUUCUGAGAGAAGAGGACAGACAGGACCUGCUUCAGGUGAUGCCUUCAUACGUCAGUCAUGGAUGGAGAGUCAGGAAACCCUUUUCUGAAGUGCUGCCUGAAGUGGAUGCUCAGGCUGUGGACUUCCUUGAGCUCAUCCUGACCUUUAACCCCAUGGAUCGGCUGACGGCUGAGGCGGCGCUGUCCCACCCCUUCCUCCACCAGUACUCCUGUCCAGAGGACGAGCCCACUUCAUCGCACCCAUUCCACAUAGAGGAUGAGCUGGAGGACAGCCUCAUCACCGAGCAGAGCCUCAGCAGCAGCAACAGUCAGGCCUCCAACACUAACUGGGACAGAUAUGAGAACAGUUUGUCAACCGAUGCGUGCUGCCGGCAGUCGGGUGGGAGGUGUCGUUGCAUGCCCUCUGGCCACAUGACCUCUGACCUGGGAGAAAUGACAGAGGAGGAGGAGGUGCAGAGGGACCCCCGGGCCAACUCCACGGCACUGUUAGAGGAGGCUCAGGUCGAUCCACGCAAAUACUCCCACAGCAGCUCAGCUGAACGCUUUCUGGAAAACUCUCACUCCUCCCUGGAACGCGCCUGCGCUCUGGCGUACGGCGAGCUGGACUGCGGACGCUCCUGUGACUACAAAGUGGGCUCUCCUUCGUAUCUGGACAAAAUCGCCUGGAGGGAGGGCAAACCUCAGCACUACUCAGAGCCUAAGCUGAUACUUGACCUGUCUCACUGGAAACGUAACGCUAACAUUGUCCCGGUGCCUCCUGAGCCCAUCGGUGGCAGCGUGGAGGACCUGGUGGAGAUGAAGGAGGAGAAAGAAGAAGAGGAGGAGACGGGGGAUUUGUUUCAGGAGAUCUCUCGCUGGGUGGAGAGCACCCAGUCUCGUCUGCGCUCACCCAGUCCCAGUCCAGAGCCUCAUUCUCCUUCCUGCUACACCUCCUCCCCUCCUCUUCCCCUCUCUCCGACUGAUCUCCCACCUCCGGUCUUCCACUACAUGGAAGUUGUGCGGCAACCGUCAUCUGAAUAUGAUGAACACAGACUUAGUCCAAUUCCACCUGUCACAUCUUCCUCUAAUUUCCUUCCUUCACUUCUUCCUUCAUCCCCCACCGCUCCACUUCCUGCCCAGUCGUCCCAAAUUAUGUCUCCCCCUACUUCAGACUUUUUUGAAUCCUCAGAAUCCCAACCCCUCUCCUCCACUUCCUCCGUUACGCAGCCACUAAACGAAGGGCAGUCUCUUCCCGUGAAACAAAAAGAGCGGCUGUUCGAUCUGGAUGUUUUCAUAUCCCGAGCGCUGAAGCUGUGCAGACAGAAUAAGGAGAAAGCCGAUGGGAUGAAAGGAAAAGAGGGAGGGUGGCGGGAGGAAAGCAAACAGUCAAGUAUGAACUGUAAGGUGACAAGACUUCCAGAGCACCGGACUCCACCGCCUCAGACCCCAAACACUUGAUGUUGAAGUAACUUCAGGUCCAACACAGAGAAGUGUGAUAAUGGCUCACUGGUACAAAUGCUUGUAGAGCGUCACAUAUUAAGGGGUGUUCACGCUGCUUGAACAUUAUUGUUAGCAGCCACUGAUUCUUUUGUACUACUGUAAUGACACACUACACGGCAUGACUCCAACUCCCACCUAAAUAAGCAAUCCUGUAGCUGUUCAGAGGUGCUGUCAGGCAAUAAGGAGUCAGAAACAAGUUGGGUUAAAGGUGAUACAUGCUUCACGUCAAGAGUUUGCCUGACAUGAGAAUAUUUAGAAAGGUAUGUUAUCACUGAUUGUGGUAUUUGUGACUUUUUCUGCAAAGGGAACAGACUAAUGAUAAGCAUAAGCGUUAAACCUUAAACUUGCUUUAUGUUUGUUAUUCUAUUCAAUAUCUUGCUGUGUCUUAGUCCGUAAUUUUCCCAAACGUCUUCCAAAGGUGAUUUUACCGUGUGUAUCACCACAGUGAUAUGGGGAGUGUGUUCCCUAAGUCCUCUGAAUGUAUUAACUGAAAACACACCAGUCAAAUUACACCCUAUAGUAUAGUACAACCAUUCAGUUUUAAUUUGAUGCUCUUUCAGCCCUUCCAUUGUGAAUGAGCGCCCCCACUGCGACAGUACCUGCUUUGUAAACUUGUUGUAAUGUUUAAAUCUAUAGUAUAUUUCUCAAGACUGUUGUUAAUAUUAUCCUUGUGUCUUAAAUAGAUAUUUGAGACUGUAGUCUAAUUUGCAGUAAGCUGUAUUUUGUUUCAAUGUGGAAUGCUUUAUCCUGAUAAUUUAUGAUUGUUAAGCUCUUGCUUAUCACGUCACCUUUUCCACUUCCUGUCUGGCUGACAUACCAAACUAUAUUACCGUUUGCUGCGCACUUCCUGAAAUCCUAGUAUGCUCUCUGCACUAGACAGCUUGACAUCUGUCACAUGAAUGUUAGCCACAGAAAGCUACCGUACAAUGCAAACAAUAGUAGCAUAUAUUUUCGAUGAUACUACAAUCCUAAUAAUAAAUUAUUUGUACUAACUAUUUCCAGUAACUACACUAAUACUGUAAAUGAAAGAAAAAUAGAUAUAACAUAUCAUUUGAAAUACUUUUCUAUCUACAGUAGUGUGUAGGACUGUGACCUCACAGGUCUCAUGUUUCCCAACCAACGUAAACAUAUCAAGUGAAAGGUACAGCCAAAAUGUACUGUAUAGACUGACUGAGUUGUCUGGCUCAUACAUUCUAAAAUCUGUCCAUCUCACCACCACUUUACUUGUUCAAAGUUAUCCUGCUGAGUUAGUGCCAAAGAGGAAAACAAAACAAACAGGCUUCCCACCUAUAUUAUUAAGGCUAUUAACUGUUAUUGCACACAGAUUGUUUCAAAAAGUUUGAAUUUCAAAUCACUGCACCUGCGGCCACAGUACUCCACACAGUUUGUGAACCAAAUGCCACUUGCACAACAAAUGCUUUUCUGAGGAUUGAGCCAUACAAGAUAAUUGCUGACACAGCCCAUAAUAUAACAAAUCCAGAUUCUUUUACAUUUACAAUAAACACAAAGCACAUUUAGAGUCACUAGCACAUUCAGGUUUCCUUUAACUACAAGUGAAACUCCAUUUUUGUCUAUCCCAGUUUUAGUCAUUUUUAGUACUUCUAAGGUAUCAAGCAUAUAACCAACAGAAGUUUUAAUGUAAAGAAAACAGUAAUAUUUAUGAUAAUUUAUUAUUUGUUCAUAUUUAUAAUUUAUAUAAGUGCAUCUACCCUAUGCUGCAGUGAAACAAUUCAAAGUGAAUCUAGUCCACACAGGUCACAUUUUGUAUUAUACAGUUCCUCUGCAGGUAACACAAGUCAGCAAUAACAUCAGAUUGAUAACACAAGUGAACAAUAAGCAUAGUUCCUGAGCCGAAGUGUUUGAACAGAUGUAGAAAAUGUGCCUCAGUACAUCUCAAUGCUUCCAGCUUGCUGAAUGUAACAUAUCCUGUCCUUUUUGCAUGGCUUUUACAUCUAUUCAAAUAUCUUAAAUAUUGUAUUUUUAAUUAUGUGUCACUUUGCAUCACUGUUAUAUUACUGUAGGCCCAGAUUUAUUUUGUGAUUAUUUUCUUAAGGGGAAUUGUUUUUUUUUUUGUUUGUUUUUUUUAACUUCAGAAUAGCUGUGACAUUUUUAAAUGCUCAGUAUUGGUAGUUUAGAUUUUUGCAGUUUACUGGUAACUUAAUAAAACAAUGAUUAAAGUA